GGUACUGCAAGUCAAAACAUCAAGAAGUUUUCAAGUUUGGCUAGGACAGGAUUCCAAGUGGUAAAAAAACACUUGGUUGGACAGGUGAUACUCGAUACUAAGCCUACUAAUAACAGUGAGCCAUUCGAAUUUGAGAAUGAGAUGAGGGCUGAGCUUCCGCAAGGUCUGCUAAUGGUGUCUAUUCGGACGACGCAGAGAAAGGGGUACUGCGAGUCAAAACAUCAAGAAGUUUUCAAGUUUGGCUGGGAUAGGACCCUAAGUGUUGGACAGGUGAUACUCGAUACUAAGCCUACUGAUAACGGUGAGCCAUUUGAAUUUGAGAAUGAGCUGAGAGCUGAGCUUCCGCAAGGUCCGCUAAUGGUGUCUAUUCGGACGACGCAGAGUGUUUCCCUAAAAAAUGCCCUAGAUGCAAUGAGAAGAUACCAAGGUGAGGAAGAUCGGGGUACUGCGAGUCAAAACAUCAAGAAGUUUUCAAGUUUUGCUGGGACAGGACUCCAAGUGGUAAAACACUUGGUUGGAGAGGUGACACUCGAUACUAAGCCUAGUGAUAACGGUGAGCCAUUCGAAUUUGAGAAUGAGCUGAGGGCUGAGCUUCCGCAAGGUCCGGUAAUUGUGUCCAUUCGGAUGACGCAGAGAUUGGCAAAUCUGACAUCAGAUAAAAUUUGCACGAUGGCCCCGAUCAGCCCGGACAGGGGAGACAGAGGGGUCGGCAAAGGUGGGGGGAGGCAGAGGGCCGAG